UACCUGUCCGAUGCCCUAUUGUUUGCCUCGCCCUCCUCAACAACAGAACUAAGGAGAGAGAGAAAGAGAGAGACACGCUUACUCUGGAGUUCUUUGCAACGGAAUUCAAGUGAGACAACCGUGGGAACGAAGCCCUCUCGGUCUUCUCACACCUAUUGUUACAAAUACCUCAGCGCAUCGCGCUAAGACUAUAAAACUCGACGAGGUUAAGGUAUUAACUUUUGAAAGAAGAAGCGAGUCGGGGCCUUUCGUUUUUACCUCGAUCUUUUUUUUAUAUUAUUUAUCUCAAAGCAUCGCCCUCACAAUGCACGAAUGUGGUCUUUUAUCUCGGAGCUCGUGAAGGUGACUAUUUGGGGCAAGGUGAAUCUAUCUAGGCUUCCAUCGAUGGCCUCUUCGUAGCCUCCAAUGAAUAGAUCAUCCAAGUAAUCGAAUAAAAGAACGAUACCUCGUCUGUCAUUUUAUUUUAUUUUGAUUGCUUUGUAAAACGUCGGAAAAAGCCUGACAAUUAAUUUAUCAUAAACCGCCCCUUCGGAAGCGAGAAAAAUAUUUUCGACACCCGACAAUACCUUUGUGAAUUCUGAUGAACAACAACCUUCCCUGUUCGGCUGUCGCCCAGGAGUCUUGAUAUAGUUUGAUGAGAAAAACAACUUUUUUGAUAAUUCUCUCUUCAACCUCGAAUACAGAUAAAGAGAAAAAGGAAAAUAAAAUUAGGCGUUCUAAUUUGCUAGGCAACCCAGGUUGUGGACUCUCGAAUGGAUAUCGAUAGCUAUCGGAAUACUGAUGGCUGAUCUACUUUUACCCCGAUAAUCAACCAGCCUUGUCUAAUAAUGUUGAAUAAAAAAUACGCAUUUUUUUUAAAACCUUCGGAGAAAACUCUUGAAAGUUACUAGACAGGAAAAGAGAAAGCAGUUUCAUUAUUUUGCACGUUUGAAAGAAGGCUUCGAAAGAGGGAAAGAUUGGCUGAAGUCGAUGACAGUUUGAAUUGCCAAGAUUGGUCGUCUGUUGCGAGUGAGGUUUAAUCGGUUUUUUAGCGGGCGCCGCGGGUUAUCCCGAGUUAAGUCACUGCCACCACCGGGGAUGACACCAACAACAGAUGAGAUGUCGUCUGCUGAAAAACCAGUUAGAAGCCAUGAAGGACGAAAGUCUUCCAAGCCAUUAAUGGAGAAGAGAAGAAGAGCGAGAAUCAAUGAUUGUCUGACAGAACUCCAAACUAUCCUGGACACUUUAAACCCAGAGAGCAAUACCACAAGGCAAAAUAAACGCGAAAAGGCGGACAUUUUGGAGCAAACUGUCAAAUUGGUCAAGCAACUUCGACAACACGGGCUACGAGGCAACCAUCCACCUGAUCCGAACUCUCAAGUGCAAUUUAGGGCUGGGUUCAAUGAGUGCAUGGCAACCGUCACCCAAUUUCUUUCAGCCAAUCAGGGCUCGUUGAAUGGAGAAGCCAAGGCGGGGCUUAUGUCUCACUUGGCAAACUCCCUACAGUGCAACAAGGUGUUCACCGAACGCUUGCCCCACCCACCGCGACGACGCCCCGAAGAGGCAGCCAAUAGCGUGAGCGUCUCCGCGAAGCUGCCGCCAACUUCCAGCCAAUCACAGGCCGGCGAGUCCAGCGGAGCCAGCUCUAUGAACGUUGUGCAUCCGAUGCCGGCUGCUGCACCUGCGACAGCUGUGACGUCAUCUUCUCCUCACUCCACAGUCUCCGUGCCAGUGAGCGUACCAUCCGCGAUGAAUGGCGCAUUGCCAGGGGUCACUGCCAGACUGGAGUUCACUCCCAACAGGGGUAAUAACAACGUACAAAAUGCAACUCGACUCGUGCCAAUACAUAUACCAAUAAAAGUGCAAUCGCCCGGGCAGAUCAUUCUCGUCCCGUGCCAGUCACAGAUGUUAAAUGGCAACCAGCUAACUACGCCAGUCAUUCCUGUCAUGAGUCCUCCCACCGCUAACCUAGCUUCCAGCCCGCUCUCGUCGGCCGGUAGCUCGGGCUCUGUGGCAAUAUCACCAGCGAUUCACCACCAAUCCCCGCAAAAGUCCCCACCCCAGCCGUUAGAAGCAGCAGGUCCCUCAACAGCAGGCACCAUAAUGUAUGCAUCUUGCCCCGCAUCUGCAGCCACGCCCAAUGCGGCCCAGGCAGGUGGCGCCAACCUACUCCACCAAGCAGCGCCAUACCCUGUGGCAUUCGUUGCCAUGGGAGACCCCUCCGAGAUGCAGAAUGAACAGUUCUACCAGAAUCUACCGAGGUUCUUCGUCCCUGCGAACCCACCUAACGGCUCCGAUCCUGUCUGGAGGCCGUGGUAACACCCCACCGUGAUUAAUUAGAAGAAUCCUAGAUUUAACACAUUGGACAAUGAAACGCCCAUCAUGCCUAUUGUGCAAUCAACCGCCAUGGACAUUGUAGCACAUCGUAGGAUUACCAUGUAUAGAGACAACACCAACGGCACACUUUGUGUCGAUAAGAUGCGGAAAAGUUCAAAUUAUGCGAUAUUUGAAAAAAAAGAUGGAUGUAAAUUAUCACAAUCUGACAGUUAAAUAUCACUUAAAAAUGAAAUCAAUUAAAUUUAGCUCAGUUCAGUUGAUAUCUUUUAUCUUGAAUGAUGACAUUUUUUGUUCGUAAAACUCCUAAUGAAGGGACCCUGGAAAAAAAUUGUGAAGUUAACUUUCGCUUUGACAAAGAGCCAAUAGAGAGGUCGAUGUACUUCCAAUAAUUCAAAUUGUAUUCAGCAAUUACCAAAUGAUAGCCUUGGAUCAAACACGUGUGAUGUUAAAUCUAAUUGUGUGUGCUGUGAUAAUGUGUGUCGUUUUUCUUUUCUAUCACUCGCUUAAUAUUUUAUUACUUUUUUUAAUUAAGUCAUUUGACUUUUUGCAAAAGGAACGAAAAAAAAUUGUAUUCAAGAGUGUUCGUUGCUUUCAUAAAUAUGUCAAGUCUUCCAAUUUUCAUGAUUUUAUCUUUUAACGAAAUAAAAAAAAUGUAGAGGAUAUAAAAAGAUAUAUGAUGAAAUAAAUGUUUAUUCAGCAAUGUAUAUUUAUCAGCAGGGAAAUUACUCUUGAGCAGAAUGCAGUGUUUUAGUACUCCUGUGUCUUCCAAACAAAAAGUGUGGAGAAAAGCUGAUAUUACCAAAUAUUUGGAAAUUUUAAUGUCUUCCGAGUCGAACAUUUCUAUAGAAAACAUUAUUAUAUAAAGUAUAAAGAUUAAUGUUGAUAGUAUGGUAUAUCAACCAUAUACUUAUAUCACAUAUCAUUUGAAAGUUGGGAACAUGUCAACCUGAAAUUAUUAUGGAAACAUGAGAAAUUUGAUUUUUUUUUUACAAUAUUCAAAAUCGAUUCUCUUUGCUGUGUACAGAACACAGAAACUUGUGUCUAAUAUACGCUCAUAGAGCCUAUCUAGAGUUAAAUCUAUAUUUAAAGUAUGAUUUGUAUAUAUGGAAUUUCUAUUUCUAUAAAGCUAUCGGGAGUGAAAAGAAAUGUCUUCAAAAUGUUUCUAUUUUAUUAUUAAUGAAAGCAUUCCUUUAUGAAUGAUAUACCAUCGAAUGUGAUUGUUUUCUUUACUAUUUUGAAUAUCAUAAAUAUAUAUAAUUUAUGUUAAAGUGUUUUUAUUUAUAGACUUGAAUAAAUUAACUAUAAGCUACUGCUUAAUUUGCUCC